AUGCACGUGCUCGCCACCAACCCCGAGCUGUACGGCACACUCAUCGAAGCCCAGGCCAUCCCGCUGUUCAUCACCCUCCUCAGCCACGAGAACAGCGACAUCGUCGGCGCCACGUUGAAUUUGUUACAGGAGCUCACCGACGUCGACAUCCUCAACGAGAGCGUGGAGGGCGCUGAACAGCUCGUCCGCGCCCUGCUUGACGCCCGCAUCGUGGAGUGUAUUGUCGCCUCCUUCGCCACGCUGAACGAAACGGUCAAAGACGACGCGGACGCGCUGCACAACGGGCUGACGGUUUUUGAAAAUAUCCUCGACUUCCACCCGGCCUUUUCACAGGAUUGCGUCCAGCAUGGCCUCUUCCAGUGGCUCCUCAAGAGGGCCACGCAGCGCGGCACGUUCGACGGGAACAAGAUGUACGCGAGCGAGAUGCUGGCGCUGCUGCUGCAGACUAGCGACGCGGCCCGGGAGCAGCUGACGGCGAAGGUGGACGGGAUGGAGCUGUUGCUCAGGGCCCUGGCCUCCUACAAACGACACGACCCGACGAGUCUCGACGAGCGCGAGCAUAUGGAGAAUCUCUUCGACGGCCUCUGCUCCUCCCUCCUCCACCCGCCCAACCGCAAGAAGUUCCUCGACGGCGAGGGCCUGCAGCUGAUGAACCUGAUGCUGCGCGAGCGGAAGCAGAGUCGCGAGAGCGCGUUGAAGGUGCUCGACCACGCCACCACCGGCCCCGAGGGCAAGGAGAAUUGCGCAAACGGCAAGGUCGACAAGUUCAUCCAGCGCCAAAACAAGGAGAACACCACGCCGGCGGACAAGGGCGACGGCGACAAGAUGCGCGAGUACCUCGACCGGCUCGACGGCGGCCUCUACACCCUCCAGAACGUCACGCUCCUACUGUCGGACAUUUGCGUGCAGCUGAAUUCGGCUCGGCAACGGGCCAUCAAGCUGUUCUCGAUGAAGGUGCGCCAGGAGAAGCUCAGCGCCCAUUUUAUCCCGAUCCUCUCCGAAUACGCGGAAAACCUCGGCGAGACCGCGGACGAGGAGCGCCGUCGCAUCGACACGUUCAUCGCCCGGCUCAACGCCGCCGAGAAGGCCGAACGAAAGCAA